AUCAAAGCUGUUCAUCUGGCUCUGAAAUUAUCUGAAAUUCUGGCUUCGUUCUACGUCCUCGCUGCCUGGACCGAUUGUGUGAGAGGUGUGGUUCGUGACCGGAACCGCCCUGACCCGUGCCCUAUCGCCCUCCGUCGUGUCCGCCCGUCUGCCCGUCCGCCCGUCCGUCCGUCCGUGCCCGCGAUUGAAUCGGGAUUGAGCUCGCUGUGGUGGUCCACCCCCAGGGCGGAUAGCCUCGCCUGAUUGGUGUGAGGUUUGGUGUUUUGCGGCCGUGGUUGGUCGUCCCUUGAGGGCGGCAUCGAAUCGGAGUGGAAUCGCCACUCGCCAGCCAUGCAGACCAUCAAGUGUGUGGUGGUGGGCGAUGGAGCCGUGGGCAAGACGUGUCUGCUCAUCUCGUACACCACCAACAAGUUCCCUUCGGAAUACGUGCCCACGGUGUUCGACAAUUAUGCGGUCACGGUCAUGAUCGGCGGCGAGCCCUACACUUUGGGUCUGUUUGAUACGGCUGGCCAAGAGGAUUACGAUCGUCUACGCCCGUUGUCUUAUCCGCAAACCGACGUGUUUCUGGUCUGUUUUUCCGUCGUGUCGCCUUCUUCCUUCGAAAACGUCAAAGAAAAGUGGGUGCCGGAAAUCUCCCAUCAUUGUCAAAAGACGCCUUUCUUGUUGGUGGGCACACAGAUCGAUUUGCGCGACGAUGCGGCCACGAUCGAGAAAUUGGCCAAGAACAAACAAAAGCCUUUGUCCAUGGAGGCGGGUGAGAAGCUCUCCAAAGAGUUGAAAGCCGUGAAAUAUGUCGAGUGUUCCGCACUCACGCAGAAAGGAUUGAAGAACGUUUUUGACGAGGCUAUUUUAGCCGCGCUUGAGCCGCCAGAGCCGCCCCGGAAACGCCGAUGUUGCCUAUUGUGAUGUGUUUGUGUGUGUGCGCUUCCCAUGCCUGUGUAUUGAAUGUCUACUAAAAAUAUAUCAAAAGCAUUUUCAACCCCGAA